AUGUGUACUUCUAAUUCAUUUUACUAUGGUUGCAACAACACUGAACCAGUUUACAAUGAUUCACAAGAGAUGGUUGCUAUAUUUACUCAAUGUAGAGAUAAAAAUAUACCUAUAUGUGGAUCAAUACUAAAAGAAAAAGCAGAAUAUUUCGCAACUCAAUUUGGUUAUUUUAAUUUUAAAGCAAGUCAAGGCUGGUUAGGAAAUUGGAAAAAUCGUCAUAACAUAAUUUUUUGUAAAAUAUGUGGUGAAAGUGCUUCUGUAAAUGACUCUUCAUGUAAUGAAUGGUUAGGAAAGUUAUCAAACAUCAUAAAAGAAUAUUCUCCCGAUGAUGUAUUUAAUGUGGAUGAGACAGCAUUAUUUUUUAAAUGCCUACCCGACCGCACUUUUAUUUUGAAAGGGGAAACUUGUUCAGGUGGCAAACAAAGCAAGGAACGGAUAACAAUUCUUUUAGGAUCAAAUAUGUCAGGUUCCGAAAAAAUUAAACCACUUAUAAUCGGGAAAUCAACUAAACCACAUUUUUUUUUUAUAGGAGUUGGGUUGGGUUUGAGUUUACCAUUAGAUUAUGAGUCAAACAAAAUGGCAUGGAUGACUGCUCAUUGUAAUAUCAAUUUAAAAUCUGUAAAAAUCGAUUUUUUACCUCCAAAUACUACAUCUAAACUACAACCGAUGGAUCAGGGAAUAAUACAAAAUUUCAAAACAUUAUACCGCAAAGAAAUUAUUCGAAAAAUUGUUUACGAUAUUGAUGAAGCCAGACCAUGUUCAAUAAAUCUAUUACAGUCCAUGCGUAUGUGUGAAAAAGCAUGGCGUAAUGUACAACAAAGUACAAGUGUCAAUUGUUUCAAAAAAGCUGGAAUCUAUUUUAAUGAUGAGCAGUGUGAUGGUGAUGGUUUAGAAAACAAUGACGAUGAUGAUGCAGAAGAUGAUUGGCAAAUUGUAGCAGAUAAACUUAGUAUAGAUCAAGAGUUUACAUUUCAAUCAUAUGUUACAAUCGAUGAUAAUGUUGUAGUCAGUGGAAUGUUAAUUGAUAACGAAAUCAUGGGUAUAAAUAUAUCGAAUAGUGGUUCCGAAAAUAAUGAAAAUGAUGAGCCUGAAACAACUUUAAAUAUGAUUACGGCGAAUCAAGCAAUGUCAUCAUUACUAACUGUUAGACAAUUUGUUGAAUCUGUCGAAGGCGUGAAUACUUCUAUUUUCGAAUCCAUAGACAAAUUAGAAGAUUUUCUUAAAGAUGAUUCAUCUUGA